GUCAGCUCUGCGCCGUAUUCAUUACCUCGGACUCCGUGCUCGCCGAGCCAGCUCAAACUCUCCUCGUCCCAAGGCCAAGCCACACUGCCAAGUCUGCCAUUCAGACAGGAGCAGGAACCAGGAAUUUCUCCCCACCCCAGCAGGCAGCAGUAGGGCGGGCGACAAGCGGCUGAAGCGAGCGAGAUGGCCUGGGGAAGAGGCAGUGCGAGCGCGAGCCGCGCCAUGGCCGCCAUGGCGUUCGCCGUCGCCUGCUUCUGCUGCUCCGUCCUCGCCGCCGACGCGGGCGCCACCUACUACGUCGGGGACGGCAACGGCUGGUCCUUCGGCAGCCCCAGCUGGCCCAACGGCAAGCACUUCCACGCCGGCGACACCCUCGUGUUCAGGUACGUCCCCUGGAUCCACAACGUGGUGGCGGUGGACGAGGACGGGUACAACGGCUGCACGACGCCGCCGGGGUCGCGGACCUACACGUCGGGAAACGACCGCGUCACGCUCGCCAGAGGGGAAAACUUCUUCAUCUGCACCCGCUUCGGCCACUGCAACCUCGGCAUGAAGCUCGUCGUCUACGCCGCCUGAGCGCGCGGCGGCGGCCACGGUCGGGGCUCAAGCUGGGUGGUUUCUCGGUUCUACUAGGAGUACUUGGUGCGGCUCUGGCCGCGUGUGGAAUGACUGGAUGUGCUUUUGCUCAGUUGCACUUGAGUGAACUGCUUUGAUUUCUACUGCUACUGCUACUUCAUGUAAUCCAUUGUUAAUGGCAUAUUUUGCCUGGACAUUUGCUGUCCAUGAAAAAUCGUUUGACAUUUUCACCGAUGUACUAUUCGACAGCAAGCCACCACGCUUGACUUGUCGCCUUACUGCCGCGUGUUUAUCAGAAAGGGCAUUUCCUUU